AUUUAAGGAGGUCCAUUAGAUAAAAUAUAGCAUUUUAUGUAAUUAUAUUAUGACUGAACUUCAGAACAGCUAUACUGAAUCUGACUUGAACGCAAUAUGAUCGUAAUAUGCUGGAGUACAUCAUGCAUAGGGUCGUGUGUAGACAUGCUGUGUGAACUGUGAAGUGCUGCAUACCCGAUAAUGCUGAAAGGGACAAAUUGUAUGUACUGUAUUUGGUCCCUCGACACCUGCCUUCAGCGACAAACCCUUAAUACAGGAAUAAUUACUGUAUUACGUACGCGGUACAUUUAAUAUUUUCCUGCUAUUAAUUGCCGGAUGACGGACAGACCAAGGAACCUGUUUCAGUUAAGAUGGACCAGCAACCUAGCUGAAACGAUGCUCGCAGAACUUCCAGCAGCAGCAUAUAUAUAUAACACCGAACUAUAUAGCUGAGUCAUCCAACAAGAUGAUCCUGACAGCAGCAGUGGACUGGGUGCGGGCCAAUUCAUCUGAUCACAGGUUCCAGACCGUCCUAUACACAAUGCGUGUAUGACAGCGUGAGCAGUUUUUCCUUCUUUCAUAACCUGAUAAGCCGACGCCUCAUCAUUCACGGCGGCCAAGGAGAGCCAUAGAGGAAAUGAAUGCUGUGUUGGUGGUAUUUGUGAUCGAAGUAACAGUGGGACUUGAAGCACCAGCAUUCACGUCAGGACAGAAGAAGGGAAAUAACGACGAGUUCUUCGAGCGGAUGGAUGUGAGUGCUGACGGUUUCGUGGACUUCGUCGAGUUCCGUGGCUGGCUGGACCAAGAAGCAAUUGCCGACGAGUGGGCGCGGAUCAACCCGGGACCUAUCGCCGACAACACCAUCUCGUGGCAACAGUACAAGAUCAGGGCCUACCCAUCGGAGAAUCCAGACAAAACAAAUGUGGACUCGGACCCCGAGAUGCACACAAUGAUGGAACGAGACAAACGACGGUGGGACACAGCCGAUGAAGAUGGCGACGGUCGACUCAACAAGACAGAGUUUGCUGUUUUCACUUAUCCCGAGGCGUCUCGUCGUCUCCAGCACCUGGUUGUGGCUGAGACGCUUGACGACUAUGACGCCGACAGCGACGGACGAGUGAGUACAAUCUCGCUGCAGGAGUUCCUAGACUUCGUGUACGUCGGAGGUGAGUCUGAGCCAGAGUGGGUGGCGGAGGAGCGCAAAGAAUUCGAGCAGGACCUAGACCGCAAUAAGGACGGCUUCCUGGAUGCACAGGAAGUGCGCGACUGGGUCUUGCAGGAUGGAGAGGAUCGACGAGAAAUGGCAGAGCUGCUACUGAGGGAGGGAGACACGGACGGUGACCUACGACUCGCCAGACACGAAGUGCUCGCAAUCAAGCACCUACUUGUCAAGGCUGCAGCAUUGCAAGGGGCAGAUGCGACAACAACCAAAAGGCUCAACGACGAGCUCUAACUUUUUUUUCACCAUCCGGGCAAAUUCAAAGCUGGUGCAUUGUUUUGCAUGAUACAUAGAUCGUUUGUUACAACGGAGUCCCUCUUCAUUGGGACCAAUCCAGCGCCGAUUGAUACGGCGAAUCACAAGUUAUCUCAGUCCGGAAAUAAUUCCUAAUGAGCUGCUUCUUGUGGAUUAAAUGAGCGAGGAUUGGCCACUGAUGAGGCAAAUGAAUGACAUCGAAAUAUGAAUGCCUAUAUAUACGGCGCUGCAUGAAACAAGAAGACAAAGGAAAGAAACCGCACACGAUUAUCAACUCGCUUAUCUUCCUCGAGUAGAAUGUGUUUGCUUGAUUUAGCGAUGAAAAAUAUUCACACUAUCUCUAGUUCGUUACUCUUUAAAUUAAUUUUUUUUUAAUUUUAAGUUCAAUGGCGAUCGGAUGUUUCUCAACAUUAAAUUAUUCUCGAAAAAUUUUCUGAUGAGUAAGAAACGUACGGCCGCAAGUCAUGAGCGCUAAAAUGACGACAGGUCAUGGCGCAAAGCAAGGAUCACCUCACGAAUGAUGCGGCGCGACAACUGCACGAGCGGGAAUUAUGCGUAAUACAUUUUCUUUGGUAGAAAUUGGACGAGCACGUAAAAUACGGCAUUGAAAAUUAAACUGAAGGCCUCAUCGAAAGGCGGCGGCGGUAUUAGAUCCACCUUGAUGAACAAAGGCGCUGUAUGCUAAGUGAAACGAACGGGCAAACAAAAUAUGAACCUAUGCAUGCAUAAGUAGGAAGAAGACGCGGUACACGAGAAAAUAAUAAGGACGCUACUUCGAUUGCUUAACUCGAUACUCCGUUGUCUGCGUAGCCUCUUGGUUCAUCUUGAACGGGGACACCCGACUCAUGUGGAUUUGCAUUUGGCCCUGAAAUGACCAAUGCAUCACGACAAUGUAAUUGCUGGCCCGCAUCACACUUCAGAGCUGUGUGCAACAGAAUCACGAUCCAUUAUAGUCUCGAUGUGAAGAAGGGUGAUAUGGUAGCCGCAUGCGCGGGCAAGUCAUCCACGUGAUCAAGUGAAGGCAAUUGUCAAAAAA